AUGCUCGCGGCGUUCGAGAGUGUGCUAAGCGACAUCUACGAGAGCGUCGUGCCCUCUGUGGUCUACGUACGAGUGCCCAAUCCAGCCAGGUCCGCAUUGCAGGGGAUGCAGGGGGUCCCGGAGGAGUUGCUGUGGGGCGCCGGCUCAGGUUUUGUCUGGGACCAUGAGGGACACAUUGUGACCAACCACCACGUCGUCGAGGGCGUAGUGGGUCGCCCGGAAGAAGUGAUUGUCAUUUUUGCCGACUCUACUAAGGCAAAGGGAAAAGUGGUCGGUGGUGACCCCCAUUCAGACUUGGCCGUAAUCAAGUUGGAGAAAGGUGACUGGAACCUGCAGCCCGUGAACCUUGGCGACAGCAGUGAGGUAAAGGUAGGGCAGCUGACCGUGGCCAUCGGAGCACCAUUUGGCCAGGAAUUUACAAUGACGUCUGGUAUUGUCAGCGGUGUGGGACGGAACAUCAGCGGCCAGACUCAGUUCACCAUACCGGAGGCGAUCCAGACAGACUCGGCGAUCAACCCGGGCAAUUCCGGCGGACCUCUCAUUGACCGGCACGGCCAGGUCAUCGGAAUCAACACCAGCAUCAUCAGCCGCUCGGGUAGUUUCUCCGGGGUCGGGAUGGCGGUGCCCAUAAACAUCGCCAAGCGGGUUGUUCCCUCUCUCAUUUCUGACGGAGAGUUUAACUACCCCUGGCUGGGCGUCAGCAUCGCGACGGUCACUGAUCUGUAUCUCGAUGAGCUUGGUUUACCCGACAAUACUCGCGGAGCAUUGAUCAUCGAAACGGUGGACAGCAGUCCGGCGGAUAAGGCCGGUCUGAGAGGAUCGGAUUCCUCGGUGGAAAUCGACGGAGCCCCUUAUCCCGCUGGCGGAGACAUAAUCCUUGCGAUUGGUCCCCACGCUGUUACUAAUUCUACUGAUCUUAUCGCCCAUCUCACUUACCAUAACAGCCCAGGCGACACGAUUACCUUAGCAGUAUUGCGAGAUGGACAGCGCGAAGAGUUGGAGGUUACUCUAGGCCAGCGACCCGCAACCCCGUAA